AUGUUCCGAGCUCAGGGGGCAUCGCCGUUCGAUGCCGUCAUCGCCAAGGCGACAGACGAGAACCUCACCUCUGAGGAUUGGGGCGCCAUUAUGGAGGUGUGCGAUAAGGUGGCCAGCGAGCCCGAGGGGUCCAAGGAGGCCGUCCAGGCCCUCAUAAAACGACUGGCCCAUCGCAAUGCGAACGUGCAGCUCUACACGCUCGAGGUCGCCAACGCUGUCAGCCAGAACUGCGGGAAGCCCAUGCACCGCGAGCUGGCAUCCCGCGCCUUCACGGAAGCCCUCCUCAAACUAGCCAACGACCGUAACACCCACAACCAGGUCAAGGCCAAGAUCCUAGAGCGCACCAAGGAUUGGUCCGACAUGUUCAAGGAUGACGCCGACCUGGGCAUCAUGUACGACGCAUACUACCGCCUCAAGCAGACCAACCCACAGCUUCAGCCGCCCUCGGCCCCCCAGAAGAACUCGCUUACGGACGUGGACCGGCAGAAGGAAGAGGAGGAGCUUCAGAUGGCGCUCAAGCUUUCUCUUCAAGAGGAGGAGCGCAAGAAGCAGGUGGCUGCCGGACCUUCAGGUAGUGGAUCCGGUGCCUCGGCCGCAUCAGGCGCACAGGGGGGCUCAGGAGCUGCUGGCUCCUCAGCUGCCGGCACGGCGGGACAGGCUGGCGCUACCGCGCCACUGCAACAGUCCCAAACUGGCACAACAGCUGCGACAGUGUCGAGAGUGCGUGCUCUGUUUGACUUUGUGCCCUCGGAGGAUGGCGAGCUCGAGUUCAAGAAGGGCGACGUGAUUGCGGUGCUCGAGUCGGUCUACAAGGACUGGUGGCGUGGCUCUCUCAAGGGCAAGACGGGCAUCUUCCCCCUCAACUACGUUGAGAAACUGGCCGACCCGACCCCAGACGAGCUGCAACGAGAAGCCCAGAUGGAGGCAGAGGUGUUUUCCGAGAUCAAGACCGUUGAGAAGCUUUUGACACUCCUCAGUACCGCUUCCAAGGAGGAAGACAGCGAGGAAAUUGCCAAACUGUACCAACAGACCUCGGCAAUCCGUCCAAAGCUGAUCAAGCUCAUAGAGAAGUACUCACAAAAGAAAGACGACUUUACGCAGCUGAACGAGAAGUUUAUCAAGGCCAGGCGAGACUACGAGGCUCUCCUGGAGUCGUCCAUGUCCCACCCACCGCAGCCCAGCUACCACCAGUACGCCCCACGCCCGCCUCAGGGCUACGGUGCCGCUCCGCCCGCUGGAUACCAGCCGCAGGGGGCGCCGCAGCAAGAUCCCCAGCGCUUUUAUACGGGCGCACCGCAUCAAGAACAAGGACACUACCCGCCCUCGUCGCCACCGCCCAACCUGCGGCGCCCGAGCGGCACUCCCGGCCCAGGCGGAGCGCCAUUUUAUGUGGCAGGCGCAGAGGUGCCGGCGGCGCAAGCCGGGCCACCCCCUGCUCAGCAGUUCCCACCACGAGACCCGGGCCAGCGCCUUCCUUCUGCAGGGAAACAGCCGGCCCCCAUCCAGACGCAGCAACCCUCGUCUCCGCCCCCUCAUGGCACAUAUGCGAGCUAUUCGCAGCCGCCCACGCAGCAGGGCUCGUACGGAAACCCCCAGGAGCUGUCGACGUCGGUUUACGACUCGCCUAUCGCGUCACACAACCCCAACCAAACCACUAUUCCACCGAACGCCUCCGCAUACCAGGCAGAGACGUAUGGUCGUGUGUCAAGCCCCUCGACGGUGCCGGCACCUCUUAGCGUUGGUGGCGGCGGCCAGCCCCAGCAACAGCCAUACCAGUACCCGGCGUACUCGGGCCCGUCACAGAAGCCGCAGAGUCCAGGGCAGAACCCAACCCCGCAACAGAACCCUUACGCUGGACAAGGCUACGACGAUUCGGAUGCGGGCGCGAGCGCUCCCCCGCCUCCACAGCCCACAUCAGCGGCGCCGCCCCCACCCAUCCCCGGCGCCGGUGGCCCGCAGCGCGUCUACUCGCCCGUGCACGGCGGCCAGGGCGGGGAUGCAAGGUUCACGCUGCCCAGCCGCAUGGCUCCGUCGGCACCGCCCGCGGCAGGAGAGCCACACUCGCAGCCGCAGUACAAGGCGUAUGUACCCCCUUCGGCCGGUGGCCCCGCCGCCGGAGCCAGCGCCCCGAGCGACUACUACAGACAACCCGGAGGUGUAAGCUACUGA